CCACCUGUCCCACCUGUCCCAGGCGUUCCUGGGCCCCGAGAACCCCGAGGAGCCGUACCUGGAUGGGAUCAAUUACAACUGUGUGGCUCCAGGGAAGCGAUUCCGGCCCAUGGACAACCUGUCCGGGGGAGAGAAAACCGUGGCUGCCCUGGCCCUGCUCUUCGCCAUCCACAGUUACAAACCGGCGCCGUUCUUCGUUCUGGACGAGAUCGACGCCGCUCUGGACAACACCAACAUCGGCAAGGUGGCCAACUACAUCAAGGAGCAAUCUGCUGCCAACUUCCAGGCCAUCGUCAUCUCCCUCAAGGAGGAAUUUUACACCAAGGCCCAGAGCCUGAUCGGUGUCUACCCUGAGGUACCAAAAGUUACAUCCCAGAAAUCUCCCAAAACAUCCCUGAGAUAU